AUGACCACGCUGGAUGGACUGAUCUCCUCCGUGUCCUGGUCAGAGCAGCCUCCCACCCACAGAACCACAGAGAUUGGGCAGCUGAUCAGCUCCUACCUGGUGAGGGAGAAGAACCUGGAGGACCACACCAUUCACCUGCUCUUCUCUGCCAACCGCUGGGAACAUGUGCCGAUGAUGAAGGAGAAACUACACCAAGGGGUCACGAUCGUGGUUGACAGAUACGCCUUCUCUGGAGUGGCCUUCACCAGUGCCAAAGGGAACUUCUGCCUGGACUGGUGCAAACAGCCUGAUGUUGGCCUCCCAAAGCCAGACCUGAUCCUGUUUCUUCAGUUAAGCCCAGAAGCAGCAGCAGAACGAGGGAACUUUGGACGUGAACGUUACGAGACCAGCUCCUUUCAAGAGAAAGUUCUUCAAUCCUUCUAUUGCCUAAUGGAGGACAAGACCCUAAACUGGAAGACAGUGGAUGCUUCAAAGAGCAUUGAAGAUUUGCACAGAGAAAUCAAGUCCCUUGCAGAGGAAACUAUGCAGGAGGUUCAGAAUAAACCUUUGGGAGAACUCUGGAAAUGAAACUUCAUACKGGUCUAAAAGAAAAAGGGAAAGUCACCUCUUGGAUCUUCUGCACUCAGAUGACUCCAAGGCAUCCCAGCAGCUACAGCUUAGAUCCUGUGUAUUUUUUGGGGUCCAACAUUGCUGCUGAUGUCUUYGUUAUUUUAUCUGCUCCUCCCCUCMAUCCUGCAUAGUCACUUCU